CAGAAAAGCUGCGUUCUCGUGGCAGCCCCAGUGGCCUAAUGGAUAAGGCAUUGGCCUCCUAAGCCAGGGAUUGUGGGUUCGAGUCCCAUCUGGGGUGGUUUGUUUUUUCUCUCCUUCACCUCUGGCUGUAGCAUUGCUCUCCGUUUUCUGACGCCUGGUCGCAGCGGAGCGCCUCGACGCAGAACAGGUGGUGGGUGGGAGCUAUUCUCAUAACGACCUGAAUGCGGCUUUCGCAACCCUGCUGUAAUCCUGGUGACGCAGCGGGUUGGCGCCGGCUGCUAUGGUUCCGGCGCCCCUCAACCCCGUGAGCGCGCGUCGCUCCGCCCAACGGCCGACGGGGGCUCUCGACCUUCGGCAUCUGACCUCUACUGAUGGGCGGAAAACUGCGCGAGCCGCCCGCUCUCUGAUUGGUCGAUGCGGCGCGUCGCCGGCGCCUGAUUGGCGAAGGGAGAGGAGCGGGAAGAUGGCGGCGCUGGGCUCUCCGCUGCGGACGUUGCGCGGGCUGCUCCGUGAACUACGGCAUGUCAGCGGGCGCGCCUAUCGCGACACGGCCGCCUACCGACACGUCCUCGCCGCCUUCCGCGCUCACCGGGUGACCAGUGAGAAGCUGUGCCGGGCCCAGCAGGAGCUGCACUUCCAGGCCGCCACCUACCUGUGCUUGCUGCGCAGCGUGCGGCAGCACCAGGCCCUGCAUCGCGAGUACCACGGCCGCGGGGAGCGAUCCCCCGAGGAGGUGGCGGGGCUGGUGGGCUUCAGGCUGCCCCAGCAGCCGGGGGGGAAGGGCUGAGGCCGCCCCGUGCUGCCCGCUGCUCGGCGCCGAAUAAACGCCCUCGGCUCUGAA